CAAUGCCAAGUUUCUCCUCCUGCCUUGCGUAGGAACACAGGGAGUGUCUCUUCAAUGGCGUCGACGCUCACCUCGUUAUCCUCUGUUCUCGGCCAACCUCACUGCGGGCUCCGCCUCAAGAAGCUCCACAGUAGAUGCCGAUUAAGCCUCGGUUUUCUCUCCCCACUGAAGACCCAGGCUUCCGUCGGGAGCUGCUUCUACCACCGCGCGCCACUGCCACUCAAAACGACAUUUCCUUUCGGCCCCUCUUCCAGAAGCUUCUCCCAAAAAAAUAUCUGUCUUCCUGAAGGCCCAUUCCUCCAACACUUCAUCGCUCAAGCUGCUCUUAUUGCCUCCUCCGAAGCCCAGCCCGACCAAUUACCAGCUUCUAAAGUCACUUUGAGUGGACGUAUCUAUCAUGAGACUUAUGGAUGUCAAAUGAAUAUCAAUGAUAUGGAGAUUGUCCUAUCUAUCAUGAAGAAUGCUGGAUAUAGUGAAGUGGUGGAUGAUCCUGAGAGUGCAGAGAUAAUUUUUAUCAACACUUGUGCUAUCAGGGACAAUGCAGAACAAAGGGUGUGGCAGAGGCUCAAUUACUUUUGGUUUCUCAAGAGAGAAUGGAAGAGCAAUGUCAAAAUCGGAAGGUCGAAUUCCCUGCACCCUCCAAAAGUUGUGGUCUUGGGAUGCAUGGCCGAGAGGUUAAAGGAUAAGAUACUUGAUGCAGACAAAAUGGUCGAUGUGGUCUGUGGACCUGAUGCUUACAGAGACUUACCACGCUUGUUGGAAGAGGUAGACUAUGGUCAAAAGGGGAUAAACACUCUUCUUUCACUUGAAGAGACCUAUGCUGAUAUUAAUCCAGUUCGAAUCUCGAAAAAUUCAGUUACUGCUUUUGUUUCUGUGAUGAGAGGUUGCAAUAAUAUGUGCUCCUUUUGCAUUGUUCCUUUUACAAGAGGCAGGGAGCGGUCACGUCCUGUAGAGUCUAUAGUGAAGGAGGUGGGGGAGCUUUGGAAAGAAGGUGUGAAAGAGGUAACGCUUCUUGGCCAGAAUGUAAACAGCUAUAAUGAUGCAUGUGUGGACGAAAAAGAAGUUGAACCCGGGACUAAUUGGAGACAUAGUGAAGGCUUUUCCAGUAUGUGCAUGGUCAAAAAAAUGGGUUUACGUUUUUCUGAUCUAUUGAAUCGACUAUCCUCAGAAUUCCCUGAGAUGCGGUUCAGAUACACAUCCCCACAUCCUAAAGAUUUCCCUGAUGAGUUACUCUAUCUAAUGCGAGACAGACAUAAUAUUUGCAAAUGUAUCCAUUUACCUGCACAAACUGGGAAUAGCAAAGUACUUGAAAGGAUGCGUCGGGGAUAUACCCGAGAGGCAUACUUAGAUCUUGUGCAAAAGAUACGGAGAAUUAUUCCAGAUGUGGGAAUAACCAGUGAUUUCAUAUGUGGGUUCUGUGGUGAAACAGAGGAGGAACAUGCAGACACACUAAGCCUUAUUAAGAUUGUUGGUUAUGAUAUGGCAUACAUGUUUGCGUAUAGUAUGAGGGAGAAAACCCAUGCCCAUAGAAACUACAUUGAUGAUGUUCCUGAGGAAGUCAAGCAGAGGCGACUGACUGAACUUAUUGAUGCUUUCCGAGAGAGUACAGGUCAAUGUUAUGACUCUCAGAUUGGGACUGUACAACUAGUGCUGGUUGAAGGACCGAAUAAGAGAGCUCCUGAUACGGAACUUAUUGGAAAGAGUGAUAGAGGUCAUAGAGUUUCAUUUAUUAAUCUUCCAGUACCAUAUUGUGAUGAUAAUACUAACGGGAAACGAAACCCUGUAGUUGGUGACUAUGUGGAAGUUCAUAUAUUGAAAUCUACGCGGGCAACGCUCUUUGGAGAGGCAAUUGCUAUAACUAAAUUGAGUUCAUUUUACAACAAUAUGGUUGAAGAAGCUGUUGCUUAUGAAAGCAGAAUUUGAAAAUUGGCCAGUCUAAACGGGCAAUUCUGUCUCCCCUUUCCCUUGAAAGCAAUGUACAAGAUCAACCUUGUUUAACAUUGGUUGAGCAGCUUCAUACUCGGUGAAUAAGAUCUCAUUUGGUUGCAAUGAUGACCAAAGGAGCUUCAAACUGUAGACGAUGACCUGCAACUUCCAUAUAGUGUAGAGGUUCAGCAAUUUUUCAAUUAGUAUGUGCAGAUUGAAAAUGCAAUUUACAUUGACCAGACCUUUUUUUGAUCCUAGUCAAUCAUUUUCUAACUA